CAACCGUGGAUAGUUCAAAUUUGACAAACCUCCAAGGCACGAUCACUUACAAUACUGCUCAGUACUUCCGACAUUAUUUCGUAUACGAAAAAUUACCAGAAAAUUCCCCAAUUUUGCAGCGAGCAUUAGAACAUUUUCCCUGUAAAGCCUGUUCUCAGUGUCAUCCGAUAACACAAACGCUCAGCCCAGAAUUCCAACAAUUUCUAAAUACCGUUGAGCCAUUAAAUCCGGUAUACUCCCAACAAACGAUAGACGUAUUCGAAGAAUUUCUGCAACACAGAGAAAGUAAAGUCGCAGUUGUUCAACUUCUCCAAAGCAUAGUUUUCCAAGCAACACCAAAACGAGUAGGCCGCAUAGCGACAAUAUUAAGUUCGACGUUCGUUUUUGAUAUUCCCUACAACGAAGUCAACGAACAUCCAUCAACUGCGAAUCUUACAACCUAUUCAGAAGACGUUGACGAUUAUAUUCAUCGAUUAGCGCGCUCAGGGACAAGCUUAUCGUCACAACUUACACUUACGGAAAAGACCAAAACUUUCGUAGGAUAUUUCUUUAACCAAAAGGCAAGCAGUCUCGGAUCAUGUAGUCCAAAAUCGGAUACGCAGUCAAACGAACGCGCAGAAAGCGAAUACCUCGAAGCCGACCAAGAUAACAACAAAUACAGUGACGAGUCAAGCACUACUACGCCUCCGCUUACCCCUAGUCACUCUGCUUUAGGAUACAACUUAGUAGAAGCAACUCACAGUGCUCAGCAAUUGUAUACGGCGACAGUAUCAACACCACAACCAGAAUCGUCUACCUCAAAUAAGAAAAAUAAGGGUAAACAGAAGCAAGAGAUACCCGAAAUUUUGAUAGUAGCAGAUACCGACUCCGAAACAGUUACGCCAGUAAAGAAGGUUCAGAAACCAAAGAAAGCCAAUCCGCCAGUCAAUCCACCUAACCAUCCACCUAAUCAUCCACCUAACCAUCCACCUAACCAUCCGCCUCAGCAACAACAACAAGAAGAAGAAGACAUGGCUACAGUACCUUAUCCAGUUUUUGAUGGUACCAAUCCCAAAUCGUGGCUAGCCCAGUUGGAAGGAGCCAUGCUUGCUAAUGGUAUAGCAGCAGACAAUCAUGCCAGACGUCUAGGCAUUGCAUCCUAUCAUAUGGGACCUUUUCAAAGUUGGCUAGCUAAUCAUCAACCAGCCAUAGCACAAUGGGAUAAUGCCAAUGCAAAUGCUCAAGGAUUCAAGCAAUACUUCAUUGCAGAGUUCUUCAACAACGAAACUAAAGAGGAAGCCUUGACUAUCACAGAAAGACAGAUUCAGAAACCAGGAGAAUCCAUUGACAUGUACAUUGCAGCAUUAAGAAAAAUUUGGCAAGAAUGCAACCCUAACGAAAUGACUGACUAUCAUAAGCUCAAGAAUUUCCUCAGUGGACUAACUCCAGCCAUCAGAAUGUCAGUCAAACAAACCAUGCCAGCUGACCUGAAUGCAGCAAUCACCACAGCUAAGGCACAUUACAGAGCUGUAAAGGAAGAAAUGCAGCCUGAACCAGCAAUGGCUGCCAAUGAAGUUAAUGAGGCAUUGACAGCAGAAAACAAAGAGCUGAAAGAAAGACUCCAGAGAUUGGAAAAGAAGGAACAUGAUCAACAAAAUCAAUGGAGGAGACCAGAGCAUACUACAGGGAAAAGGCCAGCCAUGUCAGUAGAGGGCACUGAUGGUGGCAGUUUUAUAAGCCCCUCACAAGGUGCAAGGCAGUAUGGGGACGUUGACGUUUCAGGAUCCACAUAUUGUUCAGCCUUUGUAGAGGAACAGGGGAGUAGGAUCUUAGUCAAUACUGGAUCCUCAGUUACAAUAAUUUCUGCAAGAUUUUUCGAUAAAAUUGCAGGAAAACCCAAUAUUAGACCAAUGACAAAGAAAAUGACCUAUAAGAUCCAGGGUGUAACAGGACAUCUAGAAGAACCAAAAGGAGAAGUCAAGAAUGUACCACUCAAGUUCAGAAGAAACGGACCUACAUGGGGAUUAAACGCGUGUGUAAUGAACUCAGCAACAGCAGACAUCAUUUUAGGAACCAACUUUCUUAAUAGGUAUAAGGCAUUGCUUAACCUACCAGAAAAGAAACUCACUCUCACCAAUCUGAACGGAAUAAAGGAAGAAAUACCAUUAGUAGAGAAGCAUCAACUACAUAUCUGA